UGGCGCAAGGUACACUCGACCGACGUCCUGGCAACCCCAACAGAGUACAGUCUCUCAGACUCAGUUGCCUCGACCACGAUUUGUAGCACUGUGGGAGGCUGAGUGUUAGGGUGCCACUCUGCAGGACUGCCGAGCAUGAUAGGCGUAGCUGUGGGAGUUACUGAUUGACUGAGCCUGUCAUUCUCAGUGCCAGGGGCGAUGGGGACGUUCUUCCACCUCCUUGGUCUCCUCUGCAUCCUUCCACUUGCAGCCUCCGAGUGCCCGCUCGGACAGAUUGCCUGUGACUCCAAAUGCGCCACACCCUGUGACGGGUUUGUGGAGUGCAGCAACAAGGCUGACGAAACUAGGGAGCUCUGUGCCCAAAACCCAUGCAACAGCACUGGAGUUGAUCCUACAGGCCUUAUAGAUCUUGGCAUUCCCUUAAUAAAGUUCAAGUGUGCAUACGGCGGCUGCAUAUCAGAUCAGUUCAAGUGUAAUGGUUCCCCCGACUGCUGGGAUGGAUCGGAUGAGACACCUCAGACAUGCUCUUCUAAAAGAUGCUCACGACGCGAGCAUAAGUGUGACUAUGGCGCCUGUAUUAGGAAGGUUUGGGCCUGCAAUGGCAUCAAAAACUGUGUUGAUUUUUCUGAUGAAACAGAAGAACUCUGCAAAUCCAAACGUUGUCGUUCUUCACAAUUUAAAUGUAAUUAUGGAGCAUGCAUACUACAGGGAAAAAGAUGUGAUGGGACACCAGAUUGCCAUGACAACUCUGAUGAGUCCAAAGAGGAAUGUGGUUCAAGUCACAUCACCAAACCUCCUACAACUCCUCCUCCAGUCACUAUACCAUCAACCAAAGCCCCAAUAGUUAUUCCACCAGUCAGGCCUACUACUCCUCCAUCCCAGCCAGGAGACCCAAAUGUUGUAUUCCCUAAUCAAACAACCCCAACUGUUGACUGGUGUCAACAGCAGGGCCUGUGUGCCUGCCCGGAGCCAAAUCAACAUUUUUGUGUGCCUUGCAACAACAUACCGAGUUGUUCUGCUUUAGGUGAUGGAGCUGUUUGCAACAUCAAGCCAGCAGGAGGAGUGCACUCUCAAGUGAAGGUGGAAGUGCUGAGCUGCGGCACCACGCCUGUUGUGUCCCUUGCUGGAUUUCUUCGAAAUCAUGAGGUUUUCCACUGUGGAUCAUCAAAGGGAGUUCCUGCAGAGACUGUGGUCGUGGCAAACUGUUGGGGCACAAACAUUCUUGCCCAGUGCCAUGAAGAUGGCACAUGGCACACUUACCGAGGUGGUGCAAAUGCUUCACCACCAUCACCAGCACUGUGUCAGUUUCAGGAAGUCAAUUCUCCAGUGUGUGGUCAGCGGCCAAGGUUUAUACUUCCACCUGGAGGAAGUUUUUCUUUCCAGCCCCAGUGGCCCUGGUUAGUGGGUCUCUUGAAGGAGGGACAAUACUUCUGCAUUGCCACCAUCAUUAAUCCUCGCUAUCUCCUCACGGCUGCUCACUGUCUUCUCAGGUCACAAGAUGAUAAAAAACAAUUGUUGUAUGUACAUGAUGUGAAGGUACAAAGAGUUGGUGCUGAUGGUGAGAUAAGGACGGACAAGAUCACUCACAUGCACCUUCACCCACAAUUCACCGGUGGACUCACACCUUCUCAUGAUCUGGCAUUAUUGCGCAUGGAGAAUGAAAUAAUCUUUUCUCAUCAAGUUUAUCCUGCAUGUGUUCAAGUUGGUACGGAUAAUUUCCCAACACAGGAAACUGCUGCAACAUUCAACAGAACUAUCAAUAACUACCAGUUUGAGCUUAUACGUCACCGAUAUGAAUCUCGGUGUCACUCCCCUCAUGACUUGUGUGCUACCACGCUUAGAAUUGGCUCUCAACAGUUCUGUGCCAAGGAUAUAGAAUCUGGCAGGCACUUACCGCAAGGGUCAUCAGGUGGCCCCUACUUGGUCAAUGUAGGAAGUGAUGUAAAUGAACGCUGGGUUGUUGCUGGACUUCUAUCAUCCAACCACAAUGAGUCUCCAUGUGACAUUCCCCUCACAAUAUUCACCUCUGUAAAAGGGUAUUGGCCAUGGAUUUUAAAUUGUGCACAGAGUGGAGUAUGUAACUGAUAUAUUUUGGAAGUAGUACAUAUCUUAUUAAUAGCAGGAAACACCCAGAGGGAGAGAGAGAGAGAGAGAAAGAGAGAGACUGACUUUUUGUUUUCCACCCUCUCACACCUGAUGUGACUGUCAUGCAUUUUCAUAUGUAAUAGUAAAUGAUUAGGAUUUAAAAUUUAUUGAUAUUUUGAUCAGUCUAUGAUGUUUGAAAUAAUUGUUGAUACUGUUCAGUAUUUUUCAGUGCAGAUAAAAUGCAAAGUAAAUGGAACAUUAACCUCCUCACAGUUUAAUGCCAUUGUAAGCAGCAGUACUAAAAAUAGUGCUGCAUGUGAGGUAUGGGUGGAUCAUUUUAAUAAUGACAGUUUAAUAUAUUAAUAACAACUUGCGGUAAAAUUUUCUUGAAACUUUUAUCAGUGCAUUUUCUUUGUAAAUUCUACUAUUGACAGUUUAUUAGAGAUUUUAUUUCAAUUUUAUAUUAAAGCAUAUAACAAAA